GGUAGAUCACAGACUAGCUUGACUAUCAGUCACAAGCAUGGCACUAAGGCUGAACUAGACCCUUAGCUCUGAGCAAGCAGGAUCACAGGGAAACAUACAGUCAGAGCUGUGUCUUUGGCCUUUGAGACCUGACAUCCAGAAGUCUCCCAUGGCUCCUUACCACAUCCGCAAAUACCAGGACAAUGACCACAAGAGCAUGGUGGACUUGUUCUCCAGCGGCAUGGAGGAGCACAUCCCCGCCACCUUCUGCCACAUGCUGAUGCUGCCCGGAACCCUUCUGCUCUUACUUGGGGUCCCUCUUACUCUAUUCUUGGCCUCAGGCUCCUGGUUUCUGGUUCUUCUGUCCAGCCUUUCCCUCUUUGUUUCCCUGUGGCUCCUUGCAAAAUACACGUGGGAAAAGUAUAUGGUCACAUGUUUGCACACAGACAUGGCUGACAUCACUACGACCUACCUGAGUUCUCAUGACUCCUGCUUCUGGGUGGCCGAGUCUGGAGGUCAGAUAGUGGGCAUGGUGGCUGCCCGGCCAGUGGAAGAUCCUCUCCUGCCAAAGAAGCAGCUGCGGCUAUAUCACCUUUCUGUGUCCUCGGAGCACCGCAGACAGGGGAUAGGGAAAGCUAUGGUCAGGACUGUCCUCCGAUUUGCGGAAGCACGGGGCUUCAGUGAAGUGGUCCUUACCACCAGUAUGCUGCAGUACGCAGCCCUGGCUCUCUAUCAGGGCAUGGCCUUCCAGAAGACCGGUGAGUCCUUCUUCACUAAUGUCUCAAGACUGAGAAAAUCUCCAAUGAUACACUUCAAGUAUAGCCUCACCUCUGCUCUGGAAGGGGGCCUGUGAGCCCUCUCUUGUGUACCUCAGGCAGGAUCUGACUGCUUCUGGAGUGGUGACAAGCAAACCUAGACACUUCAGGGGCAAAACACUAACCGUUAGGAUUUGGGAACAAAAUCUGCUUUUGGGUUGCCUAGCAACUUAUGUCAUCAUGUGUCUCCUGCCAGGUGGCCACACCUGGAAAGCGUGGUUACCUUGUUCCUUAAAGAGACCAGCUGGCCAUGUGGUCUCACUCUUGGUCCUCUCUUCUCUUGCUCUCUUGGUUCCUUUUUCUAUCGGGGCAUCCCCCCCUCGUUCUCCCCAUUAUGUCCUGCUUGCCCUUCCCUCCCUCUCCCCUCUCUUCAUAUCCACCUAAUAAACCUCUUUCAUAUAUAAGAUCUGUCAUA